CACGGUGUAGGGAGCCGGUCGUGUUACACAUACAUACACACACUUUAAACGAUUCACAAAAUAACGGGACAUAAUGAUAUCUAAUUGCUUGUUACUACUAGUCGGCAUCUCCCUCUCAUCAUCAGCCGGAGUCCAAGUACUGUUUCCCGAGCUAAGACAGUACAGCUACAUCUUGAAGACGAACGUGUCGACCGGAACGCCCUCCACCGACUCGUACUGGACUAUAGAAGCGAGAUUACUACUCACAGUUUACGACAACUACACCAGGAUCAGGUUCAAGUUAGAAGACUACGGGACGUCGCUCUACAGCCAGAGUUCUGGCUACUUGUCGUAUCAGUUAGAGGAAGCUUCUGAGUAUUUCAAAUGGCCCUGGGAAGUGGAUUAUCAGGAAAAUGGCUUCAUCAGCGCCCUGUACGUGACGGACGAGCCGGUGUGGUGUACUAACCUGAAGAGGGCCAUUUCGAACAACUUCCAACUGAGGAAAGACAUCGGCUCCUAUACUAAUGAGGAGCCGUGUCUCUACGAGAGCUGCCUCAUGGUGUACACAGCGAAUGGUAACACCAUAAGGAAGUACAGUUCGUACCAAAAGGCGUCUGUCGUGUCCGAAACCAGCUGGAGCUCUGUGCCUUGGGGUGGUGAUAAUGGCAGAGGAGCGCCAGAAAACAUAGCGACGUCCGAGCGUGUCUACGAGUUUAAUGGGAAGAGACUCAACAGCUUGAGCAUGCGAGGCGUGUUCCAGUACAGAGUCAGUGGGCACGUGCUCGGGGUUACUUCUGAGCUCUCGCUCUCCUACGAUACCGACUCCCCGUCACCGACGGUAGAGAAGUUGAACAUGACUCGGACCAGCUUGCAGUACGUGGCCGGGAAUUUCGACGACUGGACCACCGGCAUCCUCACGGUCUCUCAGAGCGAGCUGAGGAACAAAACAUAUGAGAUCCUUUUAAAAAUAGCUAAGAAAGGAAUAGACGCAGAUAACAUCGUGAAGAAUGCGUCCGUCAUACACAAUUUGGAUUUCAUUCAUCUCUUGAACACAGUUACUCGUCUGUCAUACGCUUCUCUUGUAAAACUGUUCGAGGACCUGGUGCUGGGCACGAGCUACGACUUGGAGACGGCGAGGAAUAUAUUUUUGGAGGUCCUGCCGCAUGGGAGGAGCGACGCCUGCGCAAGAUUUGUCAAGUAUUUAGUUGUAGAGGAAAAGGAGAAAAUUGAAGAUGCAACUCUUCUCUCCCUCAUUCGUAAGCUACCCUUCAAUGUGGCAAACCACAGUCAGAAUCUUCUUGAGGAGUUGGAGACCUUCACGAAGCUCGGACUGGACUUUCCUUCAGACAUCAGGCAUGCGGGAAUUCUUUCUUUUGCCGUUCUGGUCUCUAAGACUGCGGAAGCGAGAAAGGUCAAACAGGACUAUUUUGACAAUAUCGUUGUCAAAUACUUCAGGAUGUACAGUGAUUGUCCUCAAUACUUAGACCGCAUGGUCUGGCUGCAGGGACUCUGCAGUUUAGGGUACACGGCAGAGUCGUACAUUCGCACAAUAUACGCGGAUCGGACGAGAAACAGACAUGAGAGACUUUGGGCGUCACUGGCUUGUGGACACGAGAAUCGAGGAUAUGCAGCUUUAGAGACAUCUUUACCAAUUCUAUUAGACGAGCAAGAAGACAUCCAGCUUAGAAUAGCGGCGUUACAUGACAUCCUCAGCUCUGGGAUGCGAGAAAGUGACUUCCUCUUCAUACACGACUUCAUAGCGACCUCCAGCAGCAAGGAGCUGCAGAGGUUCUGGUAUACCACCGUGAAAAGUUUGGACAGUAACAAAUUCUUCAGCAGAUACAGAAAUGUAGCCGACUACGUCCCAUUUGUUGCAAAAUAUGUGAGGAAUCCCGACACAACUUACUGGGCUACGAAUAACUACAUAGCGUCUAGCGGCGAGCUCAGUCCCUGGGUGCAGCUGAUGAGCGUCGGGGCCGAGCCGGCGCCCAGCCUCGCGGCGCUCACUGUGUCUUCCGGAGGACGAAGACCAUACGUGGCCUCUAUCUACAUCAUAGCAGAAGGCGUUGCUUCGAAUUUGUUUAAGAAAAUAUACAAACUAAACUCCAAAAAUGACAAUGUGGAAAAAUUAGUUAAAGUUUUGGAAAAAAUGAAGGUCUCGAGUUUGAAGACACCAGAAGAAGUGCACAUCGACAUCGUGGUGAAGGUUCACGAUAAGACGGUGUUCGCAACUCACGUCAACCAGUCCAGGUUCGAAAGUUGGAACGAAAAUGAUAUUAAAAAAUCUAUAAUGGAGUUUCUUCGCUUCGGGAGUCACAUCAACCAACAGAUGGCGUACUAUCCGGUGCAAAUGGAUGUCUACUUGCCGACUGAACUCGGCACACCGAUCCGUCUGCAGUCGUCAGUAGUCACGUUCACAUCAGUGAGAGGGAACAUCACAGCACCCGUCGAGCCCGCCGACAUGCUGUACUGGAAGAACGACCUGCAUAUACGGUACCAGGCGACGAGCGUGACGUCGCUGUCGACGUCGGCGCCGCUGCUGCGCUCGCAGCACGGCGUGCGCUUGCAGCGCUCUCUCGUCACGCAUUUGCCGAUCAAGUUCAAGGUCGGCGUGGAACCCGUCGAACAUAAGAAAAUCACUCUGACUUGGCCGAACCCGUUCGCGCAACACGCUGGGCUGGCGAUACACUCCCGAGUGCAAGUCGAGAUGGACUCGAAGAAGGGACUCGAGGUCGUCUCGGUGUCUCCCAAUGGAGGGGAAGACGACAGCGGUGUCUUCUUCGACUGCGAGAGAAAAAUGUCCGGAGCGGAAGUUAUAGAAAAGUACAUUAUGUCCAAAUUUAUAACUUACGACAUGUUACCGUCACAGCAGUCUGUACUGAACUCGGUGGAACGUUUCAUGACCUCCACCGGCUGCGGUCUCGUCGUGCCCCCCACGCGCCCCACCCUCGGGCUCGAUGAGGUCCUGCAUGUUGCAUUCAGUUUCAAAAAUACUGUCGAGUUUGAUAAAAUGGGACUCACAUUGAACACUGUUCUGCGUUACUUCAAAAAAAACAAAGACCGAGACGACGAGAUGUUUUUGAAAAUCGACGCGGACACAAACGUGGAAUGUGUCGGUAGAAACGUCUCCGUGCAGUCGGUUCUGUAUGUGAACCAGCCGUUCAAAGAUGAUCCGAAUAAAAGGUUUUGGAAGCUGUGCUACUUCGAAGACGACACCAGUCACGCGCCGGCCGACCAGGACCUGAACACGCACCCCGCCGCCUACCACGGCCGCACCACCGUCACCUACCGCACGUCGCCGGCCUACGAGACCUGCGCCGCCGGCUCCGGCGACAGCAAGCUCACCAUAGAGUACCGGGGGACGCCGAAGUACAACUACGGAAACGUCGAGAGAUACGUCGAAGUUGACAUUAAAGGGGAAAGGCUGCACCAGUUCGACUUGCUCCCAGGAUUAGGUCUAGGUCCCGGAACACCCAUCGCGCAGCUUCUGGGCACUCUAGACUACAUCAACACCUCCGCGGUUAUUAAGGAAAAAGACGGGAUAGCAUCAGUGAUCGUUAACAAAGGAGCGGAGAUCCAGUUCGAGUCGGACAGCUUCGCGUGGCUGCUCGACAGCUGGACCUCCAUGCAGCUGAUGAAGCGGUUCGGAGUGUACCGUCAAUGUCGUCUCCAAGAGUCGACGAUACAAACGUUAUCCGGUGACGUGGACCAACUCGAGCAACUGCAGUGUCCUGAGAGACUGGUGCUCGCUGACUGCUCCGAGACGCCUAGUUUUGUAAUAUUGCGUCAACAAAAUGGCGGCAUUAUAAUGUACGACGGAGAGCACGCCUCAUACAGCAGCGACACCUCCACCAGGAGCACAAACACAGCAUUAAUACCAACAGACGACGGCGUGAAGGUAAUCUCUAAUUCGACGGGAGUGACGAUAUACAGGCGGUACAACGAAACGGUCAUCCUGAUACCGUCGUCGUACCUGCCAUCCGUCUGCGGCGAGUGCGCGGGGAGCAGCGACUUUAAUAACUGUUAAAUAUAAUUUCGUAUAA